UUUAUGAGCAGACAUUUCUUAUACAACUGCAGCCAACCAAUCCUGGAUGUGAAGAUAGCCUUUUGUCAGGGUUUUGGAAAACAAGUGGAUGUGUCAUAUAUUGCCAAGCAUUACAACAUGAGCAAAAGCAAAGUAGACAACCAGUUCUACAGCGUGGAAGUGGGAGACUCCACCUUCACAGUUCUAAAACGCUACCAGAAUUUAAAGCCCAUCGGGUCCGGAGCUCAGGGGAUCGUCUGUGCGGGCUAUGAUGCCGUCCUUGACAGAAACGUGGCCAUCAAGAAGCUGAGUAGACCUUUCCAGAACCAGACGCACGCCAAGAGAGCGUACCGCGAGUUGGUACUAAUGAAAUGUGUCAAUCACAAAAAUAUUAUCAGUCUAUUAAAUGUCUUCACGCCGCAAAAAUCGUUAGAGGAGUUCCAAGAUGUGUACCUAGUGAUGGAGCUGAUGGAUGCCAACCUGUGCCAGGUGAUCCAGAUGGAGCUAGACCACGAGAGAAUGUCUUACCUGCUCUACCAGAUGUUAUGCGGCAUCAAGCACCUACAUUCAGCAGGCAUAAUUCACAGAGAUCUGAAACCAAGCAAUAUAGUGGUGAAGUCUGAUUGCACUCUAAAGAUCCUGGACUUUGGACUAGCUCGGACGGCCGGCACUAGCUUCAUGAUGACCCCUUAUGUGGUGACGAGAUACUACAGAGCACCCGAAGUUAUAUUGGGCAUGGGUUACAAAGAGAACGUGGACAUAUGGUCGGUUGGGUGCAUUAUGGGAGAAAUGGUGCGCCACAAAAUCCUUUUCCCUGGGCGGGACUAUAUCGACCAAUGGAACAAGGUGAUCGAGCAGCUCGGUACACCGUCACCGGAGUUUAUGAAGAAGCUGCAGCCCACUGUGAGGAACUAUGUGGAGAACCGGCCUAAAUACGCCGGCCUCACCUUUCCUAAACUUUUCCCGGAUUGUCUUUUCCCUGCGGACUCCGAGCACAACAAAUUGAAAGCAAGCCAAGCCCGAGAUCUGCUGUCCAAAAUGCUGAUCAUUGACCCUGCCAAACGGAUAUCAGUGGAUGAGGCCUUGCAGCACCCCUACAUCAACGUGUGGUACGAUCCGGCUGAAGUGGAGGCGGCCAGGGAUCUCAUCCAAAUAUCCAUGCCUCCACCUCAAAUCUAUGACAAGCAGCUCGAUGAGAGAGAACACUCCAUUGAUGAGUGGAAAGAGUUGAUCUACAAAGAAGUGAUGAAUUUUGAGGAGAGAACGAAGAAUGGCGUAGUGAAGGGACAACCUUCACCUUCAGGUGCAGCAAUGAACAGCAGCGAGAGCCUCCCUCCGUCCUCGUCCAUCAACGACAUCUCGUCCAUGUCCACCGACCAGACCCUGGCCUCAGACACCGACAGCAGCCUGGAGACCUCGGCGGGACCGCUGGGGUGCUGCAGGUGACUAGCCGCCUGCCUGCGCAACCCCGCCUU